GGGAACGUAACUUCACGAGCUAAUGCCACUGCCACUGGAACAAAGAGAAAAGAGUUACUACUAAUGUUCACUCUGUUCAGUUUGGAACCUUUUAUUGUUCACAGCCCAAAUUGUUCUUUUUGCCAUUAACAGAAGGAAAUUAGGUUUGGGAUUGGACUGUUCAACUUUUCAAAUCCCAAACCUCUCCUUUAUCCUUUGCCUUCACCACCGUCGUCGAGACCAAAUAGAAAACAGCGGUUCAGAUUGAGAACCACACGCACGGUGCACCUGGCUAAUCGAACAUCGAGGAGUUGGAGUAAUUGAUGUUUGGUGAGGGAAUGCGUUCUUGGGCUUAAUCUUGUUGAAGCGCGUAAGUAGUCCUGUUGCAAAGGAGGACACUGCUAUUGUUGAAGGAAAAUGGGGCCUGCUCCGGACACAAUUGAUUUGGAAGGUUAUGAUGAUGUGAGAGCGAUUCUGAAACCGAAAGGUUCUAAUUCUAAGGAUUGUAGGUUAGAAAGACGAUGGAAGAGAUUUGAAAAUUCAGGUUCAAACAAACAAUUGAAGCACAAUCACAGUGACAGUGGUACAAGAUCAACUGUGAAGAGUCAUGGAAAAGUGGCAAGUUUAACAAUAAAGAAGGGUCAUAUGUCAGAGGAUGAAGUGGAUGAAGAUUACAAAUUCUUUUUGCUUACAUAUGAUCCUCAUAUUGAUGUUGUCAGUGAUAGUGAUGUGGAUGGUUCUGAUGAUGACAUCAACAUUGGCCACAACAAUGACCAUAAUGAUCAUCCUUACAGGGAAGAAGAAAGCUUGCAUAAUAAUCCCAAGUUAGACAAGGGUUCAAAACAAAGGGAUGAGACAGGAAAUCAAAGAAACAAAGGGAGUGAUUCUGUGGGAAAACAGACAAGUGGGUCAAUGAAAGCUAAGCAGAAUUUGGAGGCUAAAAGAGUACUUAGUAAGAAAAGGCUACAUGAAGAUGUUUCUGGUGUCCCCAAGAACAAUGCCCAGACUAAUAAGGAGUUAGAUAUUGUGGACGAAGAUUACCAGAUAUUCCUGAAUUCUUGUAGGGAUGACUAUAUACCUAGUGAAUUAAUAGAAAAGCAGAAUUUGGAGGCUAAAAGAGGACUUAGUAAGAAAAGGCCACAUGAAAAUGUUUCUGGUGUCCCCAACAACAAUGCCCAGACUAAUAUGGAGUUAGAUAUUGUGGACGAAGAUUACCAGAUUUUCCUGAAUUCUUGUAGGGAUGACUAUAUACCUAGUGAAUUAAUAGAAAAGCAGAAUUUGGAGGCUAAAAGAGGACUUAGUAAGAAAAGGCCACAUGAAAAUGUUUCUGGUGUCCCCAACAAUAAUGCCCAGACUAAUAUGGAGUUAAUUGUUGUGGAUGAGGAUUACCAGAUAUUCCUGAAUUCUUGUAGGGAUGACUAUAUACCUAGUGAAUCAAUAGGAAAGCAGAAUUUGGAGGCUAAAAGAGGACUUAGUAAGAAAAGGCCACAUGAAAAUGUUUCUGGUGUCCCCAACAACAAUGCCCAGACUAAUAUGGAGUUAAUUGUUGUGGAUGAGGAUUACCAGAUAUUCCUGAAUUCUUGUAGGGAUGACUAUAUACCUAGUGAAUUAAUAGGAAAGCGAUCAAAUGUUAUACAGAAUUCCCUUGUUUCUGAUUAUGUGCUGAGUGAGGUUGAUGAAGAUUACUUACAAUAUCUGAAUUCUGUUUUGAUUGUUGAUGGUGAGGUGGGGUGUAGGCCUGAGAGGAAUACCUCAAAGACAGACAACGUGGAUGGUGACAGUAAUUCCUCUGAGCCAGAUGUUAUUCUUCUAGAACCUGAUCAAAUUCAUGAAAACACUCCAUUUGUUUCUUCGAAAACAUAUGAUUCAUCUUGGUUCGAAACUGAAAAGAAUCCCAAAGACAACUGGCAAUUACCUGCUUACGGUAAUUCUCAGUUUAGGAGAAGACUUAUGAAUGAUCUUCAAAGGCCUUAUGACCAAGAAGAAUGUGAUAGACUUCUGCUUGAAGUACGUCAGAAAAAACAAAAGGAACGUCAUAGAGAAACACGUCAUGGGGUGGUCAAGUUUUGUCGCACUAGGGGUGUCAGCGAAUCAUAUCUUGACUUGUACCCUGAUCUAGCUAAAGCAAUUGCCGAAUUCAAAAAACCGGAAAAGGUUUUGUUUCUCUUGCGUGGAUUUAUUUUCUGGUUGCAAAAUGUGACCCACGAAGGAAAAUUUCGACCUUGGCUUGACAAGCAUUGUUUGGACUUUUUACGACAAAUAAAAAAUUGGAAUCUUGCUAAAUUUGGAAGCAAGAGUUUAACUAACAUAGUCAACAAAGUUUACAUACGUACAGUUAAAUCUAUCUUGGAACUUUGACCUAGUUGUAGAAAGAAAGAUAGCUAGAGUUGUGGUUCUCAUCAGGAGUUCUUUCAUUUCUGUUAAACCGUGGUUCUCUUUUUGUCCACCGUUUUUUGUACCAUUGAGAAGAUGGUGAUAAACUGAUAAUUGAGGGGCUUAGGUGGCUAGCAUAUGCUGUAAUAUAAUGUUAUAUUCUUCCUAAGCUAGUUUUUGUUGAGCCCAAA